UGUGGCCAGGAAUGCCAAAGUACAAAUUUCUUAUCUGUUUGUAGCUUACCAAAUUUAAGAUUGGAAAGUAGACCUUACUCUUAUAGCAACUAGAUAAAGAUUUUUAUAUGAUCGCCACUGCUUGAUCUUAUUUUCUUGAUCUUCUCUCACUCUGAUUUCUAUCUGCUCGAGGCCAAUUCCAUGGAAUCGAGGAUUGCACGAGAUCGGGACCGCCGAAAUUGUUGCUUUCUCUUCUGGCCUUUCCGCCAGGCUAAGGGGGCGACGCCAUAUUGAGGAACCAUCGCGUUGAUCGCUUCUCCAAGAGCGUGUUGAUAACCUGUUAGAAUAAAAACGAGAGAAAACAAGAGAGAAAGUGAAUGAUUCAAGUGUACCAAAGUUUACUGAUGAUCUCAUUUAUAUACAUGUACAAGGGACGCCUCCGGAGAGGCGUCUAUUCACAGCAUCCGCUAGCGGUUACCAAGUUUGGAACCGUCACACGUCGGUUCCCUUAAGCAUGGAUUAAUAAUAGGGUAAUCAUAACACUGAAAAUACAAGUUCUAUAUUUUCAAACACCUUCGACUCAGGCAGCACUAGCACGAGCACCCAUUGCCUAGUGCGUCAGCCGAGAGCACCCAUUGCCUAGUGCGUCAGCCAAGAGGAGCUGGGACUGGGGUACCGGGAACCCUGCUUCCUUCAUGUUUAGGAAAAACAGAUUCCUUAAUCAUUCGUUACUACUUACAGAGAUUAUAUACUGCCCGGACAGACACGACGCUCUGUGAAGAGACGCCGGUUCCAGGAAGAUAGGAAGAGGCGUCGGUUGAGGACAGAGAGUAGAUUCCCUAAUUACAUUAGUGUAAUAAAUCUUAACACUUCGCAAGUCAUGGCAUGCAGGUGUGGGUCGGCCAACACGGAGUUUUAGAUGCCCCUCCGUACCACCGAGGAGGCCGUUGUUAGGAUUUAAUUAAUUCUCUUAAUUAAAGGGAUAAUCCUCCCUAUGUAAUCUCUAGUGCGGUUGUUUUGACAACCGUCACGACGCUUCCUUACGUCCCUGCUAACGGACACAUCUCUUCGCUCACGUCUGUUCCCUUGUAUAUAUAUCUGCUAACUGGACACAUCUCUUCGCUCACGUCUGUUCUCUUGUAUAUAUAUUGUGAUUGCCCAUGGAAUAAGAGAGUUUUGAUCUAAAACACAUUAUCAGCCAGUCUCUAAGCAAGAGCAAGAAGGCCAUGAACAAAGAACACCGUCGAUGGCUUGCUGGAAAAGAAGAGAGAAGAAGAUGAACUCUGUAGCGGAGCUCGCGUGGUGGACGCUCUCGGCGUUCCCACUGGCUACGGCAGCGCAAUCGCUCCUGGCCAUGAUUGGAAGCCAGGAAACAAGUCUUGCCCCGGCGAGGCCCUUCCCGUGCUCGAGCCCACUGCCAGCGACAGCAGCCGGCAUCGCCUUGACGCACGACGGGAUGCGGCUCCCUGCAGGGCAACGCUCUCUGGCGCGCGGCGCCCAGCACCGGUGAUGGUCCUCGGUCUUCUUCCCGUAUCACCCGCCUACGGCGUCGUCUUCGUCGACUCCCAACGCGAGGCGCACGUGCCACCCGCGCCACGCCCUGCGCAAGGCCGUGGUCGUGCCCGCGGCCCCGCGCCCAGCCGUGCCGGGACGUGGCCGUACCCGCCCGCGCCUGGCCGCGGCAGCGCUCGCCUGAGCCCGCCCGCGUCUGGCCGCGACCGCCCUCGCCCGAGCCCGCCUGCGGCUGCGCUCGCCCGACCUCGCCCGGCCGCCGCCCGGCGGCGCGACGACCAUGGCCUUCCGACCUCUCCCUGCCGACCACGAGUGGCACCAUGCCUGUGGCCGCCCAUCCGCGAUAGCCGCCGGAUCCCCCGCGCAACAGCGCCCCAUGCACAGCCCAGGCCGGCAAGCCAAGCCAAUGCGUGGCAGUGCAGUACGGGAGAAAUCCCCACACGAACUGCUCGUGAGAAAGAGAUAGAAAAUCUUAUCUCUUUGCAAGUUUUGCACUCUAACCCUUGUGGUUUUACCUAUUAUUGAAUAGGCUAAAACUUGUUUUGUAGUUAAUUCUAGCAGUGAUUUUAUUCCUGUUAUAGACCGUUAAAUCUGAUACAUAUAUUACAGUACCAUUUUUUCUGUUAA